CAAUGGAGUCGAGUUGGUUGAAUUUUAGUUUCUGAAUAAUUUUGUCUUUGUUACUCUCAUUUGACACUGGCUGCAUUUGCCUUUGAGUGUGUGUAUUAAGCGACAAAGAUUAGUUUGCUUUUUUUCUGAGCUUUGUUGGUUUUGUAGACAGAGUAAAAGAAUUAAAACGCAAUAGUAUAGAGUUUAUCCAAAAGCCAUAAAAAAUUAUUUUCGCGUAUUUCCGAUUAUCAUGAAACUGAGACUGAAAAAAUGGGGUGGGUUUGUUGUCUGCGAUGCGUUGUGAAACAAUGCGAAGACGACUACAACGAUAACGAGAGUGGGCGCUUUGUGGGCAAAAGUAUCUAUCUGUCUAUCUUGUAUAAUUCGCAAUACAAUUGAAUUUAUUUUGCGUUUGCCUGUUUUGUAAACUAUUGAGGCACAUCAACGUUUCGAUACUUUUUUUGACUGCUUCAUUGUCAAAUGCGAAUCGUCUGCACUGCGAGUAUAACGCGCGGUUUAACAACACAACAAAACACGCAACAAAAUUCCAAAUAGAAAAAAAUUCACUAAACCGGAAGUGCCAAAUAUGUACUAAAACUAUAGUCCCUAGGGCAAAAAAAAAUGUUUAAUAAAAAACAAAAGAAAUAAAAGAAUGUACAAUCAAAUAUGUAUACGAAAAAUCGAUAAAUGGAUAAAUAUUUAAAUGUAUACAUAUUUAUAAUUGUAUUCACAAUUACACUUGUUUAAUAAAUAACAAUAAAUACAUAGUUAUUUAAAAUAAUCUCAAAUGCUUUCGAGUGCAUAUGCAACAGUGAAAUAAAUAAAUAAAUAAAUAUGAAAUAGAUUCUCAAUUCAAAAAUAGAAACAAAAAAACUAAUAAAAUAUAAAUAAUAUAAAAUUUGUUUAUUCAUUAAAUCUAUCAUCGCCUUCUUACAGAAUGAGGGUGUGCGGAUAUUCACACCAAAAUCGCAACUUGAGUUAAAAGUGUUCAACCAAACGAAAAUACAUAACAAUAAUAAACAACUUUGUUCUGGUAACGGGAAUAAUAAGUCGACCAACCUUUAUCUAAAAGACUCUCUUCUUCCUCACCAUCAUCAUCAUCAUCUCUCUAAUGAGUCUCUUUAUGGCCAUUCAAUUGGUGUUUGUGCCAUAAAACCAGAACAUUUCAUUUAAUUAAUUCUUUUCCGACUACUUUUACAACUAUUGCUUCAUUCUUUUUAUGGAUUUUUUCCAAUAUGGCUUAAAUGGUCAUCUGUGCAGAGAUCAAACUCUAUAAAAAUUAACUGGAAUUUUGAAUCCUAUUGAACAAUGUGUAUACCAAAUCAGCUGUGAUAAUUAUUUAUACGAAUCAGUUCUGGAAAACUAAUUUAGUAUACACACACAUUUCUUUAACUCAAAGGCACUGACUAAAGCUGCAAACUGUCGACAUUAUCGAUUAGAAAUUUUUCGGCAAACAUGCUGAACAAUCUGGGGGCCAAUGUUUUGGGUCCCAAAGAUUGUGAUUUACCAAAAGCCGCCCUGUCUGCUCUUCAUGCCGGUGUCAAUAGUUUUGGACAUUUAACAAAUGGUCCGCCCAAUAACAAUGACAUCUCAAUGAAUGGUGGAGGUGGUGGCGUUAGUGCUCGUUUGCAUGUUUCCAGUAAUUUAUGCGACACGCAAAAUUCACUUGGUAACAAUAACAACAACAAUAAUAAUAACAAUAACAACAACAAUAACAGUAUGCAGCAACAAGAUCAGAAUUCGGAUAAAAAUAAUAAACAGAAACGUCAUCGAACGCGUUUCACACCGGCACAGCUAAAUGAACUGGAAAGAUGUUUUUCGAAAACCCACUAUCCCGACAUAUUUAUGCGCGAAGAAAUUGCAAUGCGCAUUGGAUUAACUGAAUCAAGAGUACAGGUUUGGUUUCAAAAUCGCCGCGCCAAAUGGAAGAAACGCAAGAAGACCACUAAUGUAUUCCGUACUCCAGGUGCUUUACUGCCCUCACAUGGUUUGCCACCAUUCGGCGCCAAUAUCACAAAUAUUGCCAUGGGAGAGGGAUUAUGUGGCACAGGCAUGUUUGGCGGUGAUCGUUGGAGUGUCGGUGUCAAUCCUAUGACAGCAGGUUUUGGUCAACUAAAUCAAUCUUCUUCGCUUUCAAGUUCAUUGAAUAGUGGUUUAAAUUCUGGUAUUAAUUUAGGUUCCGCUAUGGGUGCUGGUAGUUAUCAACAUUAUGGAUUAAAUGCUUUAGGCGAUUCAAUGAUGUAUCAGCAUAGUGUUGGUGGUGUUGGUUGCGGAGGCAAUGGUUCACCAACAGCCACUACACCACCGAAUAUGAAUUCAUGUUCUUCGGUCACACCGCCACUAACAAAUCAACCGAAUCCUAGUCAAAAUGAACUCAAUGGUGAUAUGAGUGCACAACCUCAUCAUCAACAGCAACCUCCACCGUCACAACAAACCCCUCAACAGCAGCAACAGCAAAAUCACCAACAAACACAAAAUCACCAUCAACCACCACCACAACAACAGCAGCAGCAGCAACCACAGCACUCUGACUCCAAUGCAAGUAACAAUAAUCAAGCCCAUCAGCAGCAGCAGCAGCAACAACAGCAGCAGCAACAGCUUUUGCCGCAUUGUCAUCAGUCCAUGCAAUCGCCCACAGAUGGCUCUAAUGAGGACGACGUAUGGCGUGGACACAGCAUAGCUGCCUUGCGGCGGAGAGCCUCAGAACUGAAUGCCACAACGGGAAUACCAUCGUACUUACAUCAUGCCGCUGCUGCUCACAACAGUUACGAACACCACAAUUCGGUCUACUGAAAUUUGUUGAAAAGCUUUGAAAGCUUUUCUGACUAUGGAUUUCCACAACAAGAUUUUUGAAUAAACUGUAUGAUAAAAGUUGGUCACAUAAAAUGGUUACAAUAGAAAAGCUUUCAAAGCUUUAUGAAAGUCCUAAGGAUGUGCAAUACAUAUAUAAUAGUAAAAAAAUAUAUGUUUGCACCUUUCAAGUGGUUCUAAAUUCAAUUUAUUUUGCAUGUUUAAAGCUUUUCCUAUUUGUUUCGCCUAAGUUUAUAACUAACUAUAAAUUAAUGUUUAUCUGUACAAUAAUUCAAAUUAAUUUAACAGCUUUUUGCAAAAAUAUUUGAUAUUCCUUUGAAACCUAAAGGGCUUGUUUAUUUGUGUAUUUCAACAAUUCUAUAUACACUUUUUA